AUGCGGUGUAAGAAGCACUUUUCCGAUAUCAGUAGCGGCGUCGGCGUUUGCGCUUCCUGUCUCCGGGAGAAGCUUUUCGCUCUCAUCGCCGCCCAGGACCAGCAUACUCAGCAACAGCAGUUUAGGGCGCAGGAAGAGCGCCGGAAAUCGGACAUCAAUAAUCCCCCGCCUCUGGUGUUUCCGCGCUCCGUUUCGCCGUAUAUUUCCCGCCGGAGCUCGGACACUUCCCCCUGGCACCACCACGACCACCGCAGCCAGAGCGGUUUUUCGGACCAGAGAUUCUACUUUACUCCGCAAGUCGGCCCUAACCGGAAGAUAGUUGAGGGGAACGAGUAUUGCAAGAAGAAGAAUUACAGAUUUUCUAGGUUUUACAAUCUGUUUAGAUCCAAAUCGGAGAAGCCGGAUUCGGAUCCUGUAGUAUCCAAUUCUGGUGAGCCUUGUAUGGUGACGUCAUCUUCGUCUUCGUCGUGGUUUUCCUCAAUUCUCGCCAGUCGUCGGAAGAAGAAAAACCGUACGUUUUCUGUAGAAGAAUCUACGGUUGGAGGGAGGCGGAGAGCAUGCCGUAAUUGCGAUCGAGGAAUGUCUCCGGCGAGAUAUUGUGAUGCAGAUGGAGACGAGCAUUGCCAGGACGGAUCAAGCGGAUACUCUUCCGAGUCCUCCCCAGGCUGGAAGCAAACACCGAGGAGGACUCCGGCGGUUGCUCCUGGCCGGAGAAGCUGUGGAAAAUCCAGAAUACAACGGAACGUCUCAGGGAUGACUUUUUGCUUGAGUCCGUUAGUCCGUGCUAGCCCUAGCAGGCAAUGGAACCAGAAAAGCAUGCCGCCGGAUAUGGUACUCACCGGCGACAUUAGAGUUCCGGUGAAAUCUCAGAGUUCAACUACAUCGUUGUUCUGCAAAAACGGAUCGAGAAAGCUUGCAGAUUUCGGGAGGGCCAAUGGCAACCAUAGGUUUCGUAACACUUGA